AUCAAAAAUCAGUUGUUUGGCUCCAAUAUAUCGAGCGCAAAACAAAAACUUUUUUGUCGAGGAAUUCAUCUGUCUGAUUAGUCGUUUCCUUCGAAAACCUCUCUCCAAUAUUUUGUGUUGGCUGGCCAACAAUAUAACGACAUGUCUUUCACUUGAUACUUUUGGCAGAACAAUGAAGCCCGGCGAAGGUAAGCUAGUGGACUUGUAUUUUCCCAAGUUUAGUUGGGGUAACAGCUGACGUGUUUUUCAACUUGAAAUUUGCCUGUUUUGAGCUUUUUCUAAAGCGAAUUCUAGCAUAAUAUGAAUUCUUCUAAAAGGACAUAUGUACUUCUUUCUAAAGAAUCACCAUAGGUUCCAAAGUACGGCCAAGUUGAUCUGUAUUACGAAGAAUUUUUUUCUUGUGUUAUGAACAAGAUAUGUUAAAAAUUCCUCUAUCGAUAGCUUCGAAAUGUCUAUGCUCAAGCUUAAAUCGAAUUAUUACUUUGCUUCAUUUAUUAUAAUACAAGGACUGUUAUGUUCUUGUAGUUGUAUGGUUCCUCAAGGAAAUUAUAAUUAAUACUGGGCAGCUUUUCUUUUCACGUAUCAGGCUGUGUAGAUGUUUAAUACAGCAACGCGCAUUCCAUGCUCCUGGUAAAUGUCUUUAUAAGCUUACGUACUUUUAAGUUAACAGUCACUGGCGCACACAGCAUGUUCAUUUAACCAGUCAUUAAUAAGACGCGAGGAACGUUUUGAAUUUCGGUUGUACUUUGAAAACAUUUUAGUCCGACAAAGCUGAUAAUUCACCUGUAAUUUUCCAACUAAUUUAAUGUGCAUGUAAGGUUGUUAUCCCAGACAACAUGAACCGAAGUGUUUAAAGCUGUUUUAGUCAAGAAAUGUAUUCUAUCAUAAUAUCAAACUGCUGAGCAUAUUGCCUGGCUUAUUUACAUGUUCUGUCUGUCAAACCUUCGUAUGUUUUUACUGAAUACCCACUUUUCAUCACUCCAGGCAAGUACGAUCUCUAGGGGCAAAGUUCACUUGUGAAUAUUAAACAUAGUCAAUUGUCCAUGACCACUUUGUAAACAAGAGUUCUUUGCUGUGAGAAAUAUGUAAGUUGUUGUUGCAGUCAGGACACUGAGUGCAUUUUAUCAAUGUGAGAGGUAAAAAAACAUUUCUCUUUAAUUUCUGGCUCCCCAUAAUUAAAUUCAAUAUUGUUGAGUGCACCACAUCUCCAAAGAUUAGAACUGCUUUUUAAAGAAUUUCUAGUGAUUCUUUGAGUAUGGGCAAACAUGAAGAAAAAUGAAAUGGGGGGUUUUGCUUGGGUGGGUGGGUGGAGGGGGGGGUACUCCUGGGAAUUUUUGGUGGGACUGUGCUGCCCGGUUCUUCAAAUCCUGACCCUAUUUGACACCAAAAAAUGUAAUUUUCCACACCUGUUUUCAUACCUAGGCCUGCGGAAAUUAUGUCAUCAUUAAUUUAGAUUAGUGCACAAACAAAAAAAUUCUUCAAAUCCAUUUUGAAUUCUCAUAUUCCUCUUUCUUUCUUAGUCAUCUGGAAUUGUAACAGUUUAUGAUAUAGAUACGUUCAUACACUCCUGUAGUUCCCUCAAAACCAUAUCUGAUUCCAGACCAAAAUCGUCAAAGUGUAUACCCUUUUUCAGACCAAAACGGCGCGAAAACCCUACCUGAUGGGGUGGCACAUACUUAUAUAGCUUAUAUAAGGGAGUACCCCCCCCCCCCUUAGGGGGUUUUGAAAGUCAGACUCGUGACAUGUAGGACUCCCCUGCCCCUGAAAAAGGGCUCAUAUUAAUAUUUGCUGUAGUGCUGUAUUCUUUCUAUCUCUUACAUGUGAGUUUCCAACUCACAGAGCUCCUCUAAGACAUAAAAAUAUACUAUCAAUAAUGUAAUGAUUUUCUUUUGGAAAGAGGGUGUAAUUUAGGAGCAGUGGUUAGAACUUUAAGCAUAUCCUAUUUCCAGUAGUGACAAAGGACAGGAUUUAAGCACUGAUCUUUGCUGUUCAAAGACUGGGGAUUAAUUCAAGUUAAGUUAUGAAACCUUUGUUUUAAAAGAAGCCACCUAAAAUGCAAAGAUUGAGUGGUUACUUAUGGAAGUUGCUCACUUACGAGAAUCAAAUCACCAGUGGUGAUCCCUGUCAAGAAAAGGUGCAGACACAUCUACUUUCUGAAAGAGAAGUAAUUGCAUGUAAUUUCCAAUUUACCAUGUAUGUAAGAGUUCUUCAGUUACUCUGAGGAGGGUACGGUUGAAACUCUAAACAGCCACCUCUCCACAAUGGCCACUUUUUUGGGUAGACAGCUUACACAUUGACUCUUGUUUAAACAUCUCUCUACAAUAGCCACUCUUUCUUCUGUCCCUGAGGUGGCCUUUGUGAAGAGGUUAACAACCUUACUGUAGUACAUAUGUUGUGGUUCAAUUUCAUCCUUGGUUCAAAUUUUAUUUUCUUUUGUUUCAAACUCAUUAUUAUGUAAUUAAUCAUACAUUACCAUACCCAAAACAAAAGAAAAUAAAAUUUGAACCAAGGAUAAAACUGAACAACAACACGUACAGUCAAUAAGACCAUGCGUCAAGUGGUCUCUUAUAUUUUAUUACAAAAGGUUAAAAACAAUGGAAAAUUAUCAAACCAUCACUCAAAAAUGGCUGCGGUCACCAGAAUCAUAAGAGCUGGUUCUUUAGCUAAAUAUGAGAGGAAAAUUAUAAAGUGGAUAAAUGGAAAAAAAUUGGCAUUUUGGAUAAAUGGUUGCUAAUUGAAGGUGGUUGCUUUGUUGAAUCGGUCACAUCCAUUGAGGUUUAACUGUUUUUUGAAAUUUUUUUUUCUGUUUUGAUUUAAAGUGUUAACAGAGGCAGAAGGUGAUGUUGCUGGUGAGAUGGAGUGUGAGAUGCAGGCAAGAGACUUCUUCAUACACAUUGGAAUGCUGAUAGUGGAAGGUCGUACACCACAGCAGUCAGAAAAAGGAAGAGCUGAAGGACCUCACUGCCUGUCCUUGAUUAGUGUGGCCCCUCACGUCUGUAACCCACAUGUAAAUUACCUUGUAAGUUCAGCACCUUCGAAUAUUUAAAAUACAGUCUGGUUUUUUUUGUCUAUUCAAACGAAUACAUUUUCAAUGAAUGUACAGCAUAGAGAAUUUCUAGCAUAUAUCCCUAACACUAGUAAUAUAAAUCCAUUUUUUAGUGUCAGAAAGUAUGUGAAAGAAAAGAAAAGAUGACAGUGUUGUGGGAGAACAGUUCUCCUAUGGUGAUCACAGUCCUGAUGCAGAGUCCAGAUGAUAGCAAUUGGAUUUUGCUGGAGAAGUGGACAAUUGAAGCUGUUGAUGGGUACGUGACAUGAGUACUACAGUACAACCACAUUGAGAGGAACACCAAUGGGCCAGGAAAGUCUGGUUAUAAAAAACAGAAAAUGACUGAAUGUUUUUAAAUUAGGGCCAAAAAAUUGUUGUUGUAACAACAGGGUGGUCAAAAAGCAGGGUCCUACUAUACUGUUAAGUAUCAGCAACCAUUACUUCUCUUUUCACUGCUGAUGGUCAUUAUAAUUUUAUUGUAAACCUUUUGGCCAGCAAAACACUUAUGGCUGGCAGGUAACGACCAUAUGGCCUGCAACAGUUGCUAGUGGUUUUGGGUUUCAAACUUUGAAUUAAAGUUUUGUUAAUGUGUAACAGUCAAUGAUUCUGUUGGUUAACUGUUUGCUGACAGAUUUUUUUUUUGUUUUUUGAUUUGAAUGGAGAACCCAUUUUGUUGAUAAUAUUUUGGAACUAUAUUCAUGAGAACUAUCAGUCUUGAAUACUUGUCUGCUGGUUGCUAAUGGUGUUUUCAAUAAACAAUAAGCUUGUAGUCAAUCACACCCCAAUAAAAUGGACAUCAGUGAAAUUCCUGCAACAAUUUACAGAUAUUUGAGUGAAGUAAACUCCAGACCUGCAAUUACAGGCCAAUACCUGUUGCUCUCAAGGAUGGUAGACUCACAGUCCCAAGGGUGUCUCCAGUAAUCAAGUUGACUAGAUGCAAUUAUUGGUAAAAUUAUUUACUUCCCCUCUAUAGGAUAGGUGAUGUGCAGAGUUGCAGUGGAAACAUGCUGAUCCAAGCUCUUAGAUCUCACAUUCACUUUUCUCAGCUCAGUGCCUGGCUGAGCAGAAGUAAAGGUUCUGUUCCUUCACAGGUCCUUUACAGGUGAGUAUACAUGUAGUACAGGAUGAUAAUAACAGGGAUCUAAUAUUAGUGGUCAUCAAGUCAUCUGGGAUGACCAUAUAUUAAUAUGGACCCCACGGGGGAGGGGGUAGAGAGGUGCUGCUGAGCCCUUCAAACCCUGACCCUGUUUAAAACAAAAAUAAUUGUUUAUUUUGCUUCCCUGUUUAGGACAAGAGACCUACUUUCACAACUCUGAUUCAUUUCGUUUCACACUAGAAAUUAUGAAGUGUUUUUUAAACUAGCACCAUGGAGUUAGAGUUUUUUGAAAAUAUAUUAUUGGUACCACUUACGAGACGGCGCAUCACUGACCUUCAUAUUCUUUCAAAGGCUUCCGGCCGGAAAAGACCCUCAGACACAAAAUAGUGAAAUUGUUUACCCUGUUUAAGACUCAGGAUCCUGAAAAUCAUACCCUGUUCAGCAGCACAUACCCACUUUGGCCAAAUAAGGGAGUGCUCCCCGCUCCCUGUAUGGGCAGCCUCGUUAAUAAUGUUUCAAUAUUAUUGCUUUCCAUGGUUAGUGUAUAAUGUUGUAGGCUAAAAUGGUUUCAGCCUACAUGUAUGUUAUUUCCUUUGCUGCCUAGCCAGCCCUAAUUAUUCAUCAUCUUUGAUAAUUUGGUUAAUGGCUUAGGUGCUAAUUAGGGUUAAUUAGCGUUAAGACAACAAUUAUGUUUCUUACACAAGAAAUCAUCAGACUACUUUUCAGAGAAAAUCUUUGAUCCUAACCUCUGACAGGUAAACAAUCACUAUACUAGCUAUACCUAUCGAUAGAGUGCCAACGAGUAAAUCAUGCGUAUUUUGCUUAGGAAUAAAAUUCCUGUUUUUCCCAUUUGACCGUUUCUUGGUCCCUUCCUGUUGCAAGGAUUAUUUUCUUGAAAAGUUCUGAGAUUCAGUAUGGUGGCUUUACAAACCUGCUAUGUAAAAUUGUGAAGUGCCUUGAAAGAAUAAAGUCAGCUUUGCAGAGGAAGCGAUCGGGAAUAUUAUUAAGUCCAGCUACAAAUCUACUGUCGGUUCGGUUUCACAUUGUUGAUAAAUAUUUGCACAGUUUAAUCAUUUACACCUCCUUUCAAAUUUCCCGAGUCUUUUUGUUAUCGGAUUGAAACUUAAAAUGAUUCGCUGGGCCAUCUGAAAUGUUUCCAAGGACAAGCGAUGAACGGCACGUCGGUAUUUAAUUUUAGUUCAUUAUUUUUAUACUGAACUCGGCCACGUUUCGAAAAAAAUGGCGUUGUUUUCUUUUCCUUUGUCGUUUGCUUUAGGCUUGUAAUUCAUUUUUGUUCUCAUUGUCUUUGUUUGCUGGUUACAUUUUUUCCCCAACACCAGAUUUUCCAACAGAAGCGACUGCGUUCUUCGUGUCAAGCUUUCCUUAUCUCCUCGUGUAAUCUGAUCCUUUUUAGUGGUCAGAAUAUUGCUUGCUGCACAUAGAACACUUUUGCUGUUUUACAAACUUCUCUUCGUUAAAAUUUAACAUUAUGGCCCCUAAAAUUAAUAGAAUAUAUCAAGUGCUCAUGUCUCUUGACUGCGGUGGCGGGGUUUAACGAAAAAAUUUAGGCAAAGAAACACAGGAAGUCGCGACGGCGGGAAGUGUGUGAAAUUUUGUUUGUUAUUCAACUUGAGCCCGUGCGCCAGGUACUGCCUUUUGAUUGGUUCACAACUGACCACUUGGUCUCAGGGGAAUCUACAUUACAUUGGGUUACACUUUUUUCAGCUCGAUCGAGAAUUUUUCUGCCUAUUGCCCAGUCUUGCACGGCUCUAUUCUGCUGCCGCCUCGCCAUCCGAGCGUCUUCGCUCGGAUGGCUCGUCGGCAAUAAAUCCCAACACAAAAAUCUUGAACGUGGAUGCUUGCCUCUGAGCUGCACUGUAUUUUGGCCUAGGGCUGUCCAUUAUAUGUGCCUGGGUUUCCUGUUUCUUGUUACAGAUCUUUCCCUCACUCAAACCACCCUAGUAAUGUAGAUUUAUCUUUGUUUUAUAAUCUUUCCUCAGAAUAUCAGACAUAGGAGAUGAUGUGGCAUCUGGCGAGUUUCUCAAAGAACCUGAUUUUCACACAUUUCCACUGGCAAAUCUCCAUAGUAACAGAGCACUUCGUGUUAGUGUCCAUUCACUACCGAGAUGUGAAAUAUUUAACUUUGCAGAUGAAAUCCUGGCUUCUAAAAUAAAUCAACUCAAUGCUGGGCAGAACUGCAAAUGUAAUGAGAAUGAAGACUCUUUAGAAUUCAUUGAUGACCCAGUGAGGUCUCCCUUAAAAAAGAAAUCAUGCAGGAAGCAGUGUGAUCCUUAUCAUGAUGUUAAGAUUUUGAAUGGUAACAAUUCUAUGUUAAACAAGCAAAGUAUUCUGGAGUUUUCAAAACCUUCAACAAGCAAGAGUUUGGUUGACCAAGUAGUAGCAAUGAAAUGUGAUGAUCAGAAUUGCUCAAACACUUCCAAGACCUCCAAGGAUUCUCUUAGAAGUGGGUAUUUUAAAAUUCGUAGUCUUAGUGAUGGACCAUCUAUUAGUCCAUUACAUGAACAGAUGAAAACUCAACAGUAUGAGAAAGAAAACCCAAGUACAACAGGCAGUAUAGGCUGUAAUAAACAGGUAAGGACCAAUAUCAUAAACUCUAUUAACAAAAAAGGAUUUUUGCUCCCCUAAAAGGUUGUUAAUUAGCCUAUUGUUGGUGAAGCGUCAGCCAACAGUCUAUUGACAGGCUAUCAAAAAAAAGCAACAUAGCAACAAAUAGCUGACUGUCAAUCAACAAGUUUUAUUUUUUUAGGGGGGGAGGGGUAGUGUUUGUUACUUUUUCUGUGAGAUCCUCAUCAGAAAGUUGUUGGUGUAUGAUUUCAUAAGUGAAUGAAAAGCUGAGACUCAAAAACGGACAUUCUCUUUAUCAAUAAAAGUGAUUUUAAACUUACUUUAAGUCACCAACUUAUUUAAUAUACUUGUAUUUACACAAGGAUCAUUUUCUUUGAUAUCAUAUUAUUUGCCUUAUUUGACCAAGGGAUCUAAAUUAAAGUUUGGCCUUUAUCUAAAUGAUAUCAAAAUAUGAUCAAAACUAUUGCUUUCUUAGAAAUCCAGUUCUGAAUGUGAGAAACUUGAUGUACAAGUUAAUCGGAGUCACUCAUCUCCAAAGAUCUCAAACCCUGGUGGAUACAGACAAGUUCUUCGAAACCAACGUAUGGGACCUGGUACUAUUCCUAUCUUCAACUCAAAAACAGGAUUACCUGUCUCUUCAAGCCCGGUCAGUAUGCUAUAGUAAUAGUUUCUUAACCCUAUCAAGCCCCACGAGUGUCUUUUGGUAGUAAUUGAUUUAUUACCUCUUAUAGUGAAAGUUUGCAAAUUAUAUUGUUGAUGUUUGAAGACUUUUGUAUUUUUUUUAUGUGUAGUUGUAAUAAAUGUUAAUUUGCUUUCCAUGUUCGUAGGCUCCCCUCCGUCGCUCUGCCACUGAUUUGAACUUUGGAGAUGACUGUGGGGAAACAACAAAGUAAGCUCGAAACUAUAAUAUUGUUAUCUAUUAAACCUUAUACCUAGCUGGAUAAUAUUGAUCAGGCCUGGUUGUUCACACUGGAUAGCUCGAUGUCCACCAGUCAUAAAUCACUAUGCAGAAGAUAAGUGGCAGGGAAACCAUCUUGAUAAUUAGCAGUAUCUAUUGGCAAAUUCCAAGGAUAAAACCUUUUUUCAGUGGAUAGCGCUAUCCACCUUUUGACAAGCUGGAGAAUUGUAACUGGCCAGCGUCAUUGGUGUGAUGAAAUUUUAUGGAAAAAUCUGUAUCAAUAAAUUGUUAAUAUGAAAAAGGGUUUGUUGCUGUUUUUUUGGCUUGUGAUGCUUGGAGUUUAGGUGAAAUGGCUGUAGUAGCACUGGUCUCAAAGCUUUAGUACAACAGAUUUACUUAAAGUGUUAAUAACAAGCUUGUUGACAUCUAAUAAUGUAUAAUAUAAAAAAAAUAUAUAAAAGCAGGGUUUGAGCCAGGCCGCGCCAUUGCGCCAAUCCCGCACUGCAAUUGGAAUUAUCCCUUUAAAAAACGGCCAAGGGGACAAUUUGUCCCCUUCAAAAUUUAGGGAAAAAACUCGAAAGGAAGCACACACGAAGAGAUUUAUUUCGGUACAGAACUUGCAAGCUGAAACAGAACGUGGAAAGUAUAUUUCAUCGCACCUUUAAAGUUCAUUCCAAAGUUACGUUUCAGUCACGCUCUACUGCUAUUUUUGUCGGAAAUCUAAGACAGGGCUUCUGAUUUUUCGCGCGGUCGCGGAACCGCGAAAUUCGGUAGAAAUUUUAUCAAAUACAUGUCUGUACAACAUAUUUGAAACUUAUUUCAGCUAUAGGGGCUAUUUACUUGCCGUAAACUUGCAAAUUUAUCUUGGAAGUUUGCCACUGGAACGAGCAAACAGAUUAUGUUGCGAAAAACUGGGCACUAGCCAUCAUGUUAAAGGCUUUGCCAUUGGUUCAUUUCUGGAGCGUAUUGUGGUUGAAAGAGCAAAUGAUGACCUCUGUUAGAAAAAUGUUAAAAAGGCUGGUCUGAUCAGCGCAAAACCGAUCGAUUUCUAGCGAAAUUUGCCUUGAAAAUAGACAAAAUCGGCCGUUUUUUACCGAUUGCUUUUCGGUGAAGUUUGCCCCGAAACUCCCGCGAAAUCGGCCGAUUUUUCCGCGAAUUUGUCCCUAAAAAUCCUGCGAAAUUUGACUUUUUCGUCCGAGACCUAUCAGAAGCCCUGCUAAGAAGGAAGGGUGUACAAAUUUCUGUCCCCCUAAAAAUGAAAAUGUCCCCCAAAAUUUUAGCCAAGGGGACAAAUUGUCCCCCAGUGAUCAUAUCCUAGCUCAAACCCUGUAAAAGUGAUUAGUUUUACUUAUAAUCAUUCUGGUUUUUAUUUACCUGUGAAUUAAGUGGCAUUCAAGAAAAGUCAAGUAACAUAGACUUGACAGCAAAGCUGAGUCAAAGUGCUCCAGCCUCUACAACACAGCGUCUCUUAGGAAACUUUGAGGUAAAUUAAACUAGUUUAAUAUUAAAAUUAAAGCUCAAGAAAUCUCAUUUCUAUCAGAGUGAUCUAUUCAAAAAAUUCACAUGUAUUUCAUUGAAAGUGUCAUACUGGGUAUUUCAGUUUGAUUAAUACAGUCUGAGUGUAUUAAUAUGACAGUGAUAUUAAUGUUAUUUCUGUCAGAAUGAGAUUGUGAGUCAGGGCCUGGACAGAGGGGGAUCAUGUUAAUUUCACCUUUACUCAGUGAUUUUGUUACAAAUAUUUAUGGUGAGUCUUCAGAGACUCAUCUUGUGAAAGAUGACGUCCCAGUCCAUAACCAAUGAGGCCCAGUUUAAAAAAAAAUGAGUCUGAAAUCCAAAAUGCUUGACUCUUUACGUAACCAAACAGUUAAUCUGAAGACAGAACUCCAAAACUCUGUAUUACGGUAUACUGAUAUUUAACAAUUAUUCCUCAAGCCUGAAUGGGUUCUGUCAGUCAAGUAAGCCCACGAGGCCGAAGGCCGAAUGGGCUAUUGACUCAGAGGCCAUGAGGGCGAGAGGAAUAAUUAAUUUAGUAAAAUCCAGCUAGUUGGUCAAGAAUAUUGAGAAUAAAAAAAUUUUAGCUAGUUAAAGCUAGACUUCAAUCCUUUUUUGCCGCCAGAAAGCGCGUGCUUUUUGCUACUAGUGCGUUAUAACAUAUAGCCUAGUAGUAGCUGAACCAAUCAGAACCCAGCAUUGAUAAUAGACCACUAGUUGGAUUUUACCGAUAAAAUAUAGUCCUUCUGUUUUAAUUAGCACAACAAAGGCUAAAAGGAAUAUAUACAUUGUUCAACAACAGCUAUAAUAAUAAAUAAAUGUAUUAACAUGCAAAGUGCCAUAUUCCUUUAGCGCAGUACUGAUCAUUACUUUAAAAAGAAGAUAAGAUAUCUUCCUUUAUCUUUUGUCCUCAAUUUAGUGCCCAGAAGGCUGGAAAUCGCUUUUAGGCCUUAGAAAUUUCAAAAUUUUCCGGGUGAGCACUCCCUAGACCCGCAGGGAAAUCCACCUUAUCCACCUUUUAAUUUUGUUGAUACAGUCGAUUCCUCUAUACAAACCUGCUGGCUACUUCAAUAUUUAUUGAAACCACUGGUUAUGCUAUUGGAUGGGGGUAUGCCACGCCUUUUGGGUCACCACUUUCCAAAUGCCCUGACUUACUUGCCCCUUCUCUAAAACAUGUAUUGUUUUUUUUUUCAACUAAUUCCUUACAUGAACAAAAGUGCAACUAUCUAUAACAUGUUUAUUGUUUAACAAACGCUUGCAAUUGUGUUCUAGGAGUCUGUGUUAAAUGGCCGGAUGGAAGCAGUAGGGACUGUUGAGGUGAUUAAUUUAUCAAAUUUUGAAAAAUGUUUCUGUUAUUUGUGUUUUCUUUCUAAUUAGUAAUAGUUGUUUGUACAUGAACUGAGAUUAAGAUGAUAUUACAGAAUACCGAAAAAUUAUUCUACAGUUCUAUACAAUUUUGUCCUUGCUGGCAAGAUGAUUUUACCAUUUGUAAGAGCUCUCAUUGUGAUAAUCUCGUACGUGCCACUUCUGUUUUAGGGUUUCACAGCUGAGUUAGGAGCCAGUGGAUCUUUCUGCCCUGCUCAUGUUACUCUUCCUGUCAAAGCAUAUUUUUUCAGCCUCUCCGAAGAUGAUGCCCCAUCUCCUUACUUGGUGAGACUUUUUUUCUUGUUUGAGUGAAACAUUGUCCAUCUGAUCUUGUCACAACAAUUAAUAUUUGAUUUUUGUAACCUCUAUUAAUCUGGGUGUUACUGUAUUCUGCAGGGCUACAUUAGUUUAGAUGAUUCCUCUAUAAGUAGAAAAGGCUAUCAUGUGCCUACCAAAGGAACCGUGCAACUGGUAAGACUACCAAUGGGAAUUUAAAAUGUACAAUUUGCAGCACUGAGAGCAAGGACAGUCCUGCUGAGAUUUGAAGGAGGCAGCGUGGCAGAGUUGUCAGCGCUUUAGACUUGAGUAUAAGUCUCAGUGAUUUAAAGCUUAAACUAUUGUGAUGUCAUUGCCCUGUGAUAUUUAUUCCGAUUGCCUAAUAAUUAAUAUAAUAAUAAAGUUUAGUCGAUGUGUAAUAAAUGUGUUUUAAUGGUUUUAUCAUAAAGAUUAAUUUGUUUAAGAGUAAGACAUACAAAGAUGGAAGGCGUCAAUACAAAAUUAUUGUAUCGAGCCACCUAAAGCCCCUAGAACUUCUCCUUAUGGAUGCAUUCGAUAACACAGUCACCUAAUAAUUACAGAAACUUAUCCUUGUUUCGAAGAUACCAAGCUUCAUACACAAUAUGGACACAAAACACCAAGUGUUUCCCUUCUAUUUGCUUUAGAGGAUUAGCUGCACUCUUAUACCCUUGAUAGGUAUUUCAAAGGAAUGCAAAUCGUUGUCAAAUCGUUGUAAAUAUUCUGUUGCAUUUGCAGACUUUGUUCAAUCCCAACAAAACUGUGGUCAAGAUGUUUGUUGUACUCUAUGACUUUAGUGAUAUGCCUCCAAGGGCGCAGACUUUUUUACGUCAGAAAACGUUUUCAGUUUGGAAACGAGCUUGUCACUCAGAUGAGGUAGGCAUUGUACUUCUUAAGAAUUCUUGAUACUAUUUUAUCAAAGAUAAACCAGAUAUUGGCUGUGCUGUAAGUUAACUGACAGCAAUUUAUGGAAGAAAAAAGUUUUAGAAGACACGCUUUCAAGUGAAAAGAACAACGUCAGCUAAAUUCAUUGUCUUUGUAAUUAGUGUAGGUGUGAAUCAAAUCAAAACAAGUGUUAUAGCGUUGUUAAAAAAGUUUUAUUAUCUCGUCAACUCGUGAACUUUGAAUUCCUCUUAUGAGCUCUUCUCUUUGGGCAAAUAUUUGCUGAUGUCCUCGUUUACAUUACCUUGCUAGCAGAGUGGCUUCCAUCUUUCCUAGAUAAGUCGGGAAAGAGGAAGUUCCUCUUCCAGACUUAUCUAGGAAGAUCGAAGGAGACUCUGUUCGCAGGGUACAUUUACAUUUUUUCUCAUUACCGUGUUACUGGUACUUAACCCAUCGCCAUGACCGUACAUACAAUUUGAACUCAAAAGUUGUAAUGGCUGGUUAACUUGAGCAAUCUGUGCAAUUUUCAGCUCUCUUUGAGCGAUAUGGGCAGUCAAAAUUGCAAAACGUCUUGGUGGCAAUAAAGUUAAUAUGCAUUCUUUCUGAAAUAGUUUUUGGUGAUAACACAUCACUGUACAUUUUUUUAGGGUCAAAUGUCUCUUCAUUAUUUGAUUCAUUUAAGGUGAGCUUAAGUAUAUAUAUUUAUAAAUAGUGGAUUUAUUUGUUUGUAUUUACAGAUUUAGCUUGAUACAAAAUAACAAUAGGAUUUUAUUAGCCCCCAAUCAGCUAGAUGGCUGCCUCUGGAAAUGAAGUUGAUUGAUGAUCUAUUGCCCAUGCAGCUCAUUUUCAAUCAAAUAUACCAUCGAAUCGAUGGUAUGUUGCUCGCAUACAGCUAUUUCGAGAAAGGUUGUCGGAAAAAGUGCACGCGGCAAACCCGAAAAGUAUUGUGGGUGGUUGUGAGUUCAUUGUUCUUCAAAGAAAUUUGAAAGAAUGGCGCUAGAGUCCAUGGACAUGUGUUUGCGAGUGUUAAAGGAAAGCAACAAAAGGAGAUUCGACUGUACAGUGUCAGGAACAGUGUAGUGAUCAUAUCCCAUAUUACAUUCCGGGGUUGUCGUGGCAAAUUUUUUUCCAACAACCUUUCUCAAAAUAGCGGUAUUCCAAAUAUGGUAAGCGCCUGUUGGUUUAACCUGAGAUCAGGCUCUAUUUUCGUUUCGCUUUGUAAAUAACAGACCGGCGGGCAUGGCGAAACGUAGCGGUAGCCCUUAGAGAGAAUGUAUGAGAACCGCUCAAAUUGGGCCUGAUCUCAGGUUACUGUUGAUUACGAAGAAUUAGCCGGGGGGAUUGGAUGAAAAAUAUACAGAAUUAACUUAUACGUUCAAGUACGUAAUGAACUUAUAGAACAGACCCUGCAACUCAUGAAUUGUACGUUUUGAAUUAUAUUUCAGAUUUAUUAGUUCCAAAUCUGGCAGACUCUAUCUCCACACAGAUAUCAAAGUGAUAUUUGCACGCCAGCCCCCAGAUCUCCCUAGUGGAGUUACAUUUUCCACUGUCACUGACGGUCCUACAGAACCUCGAUAUACACUUUGACAAACCAAAUUAGUAGGACAGUUAAUUAAAUUUAUGAUAAUUUAUCAAAAUUUUGACAAUUGAAUCAGUAUAUGGCCGUAACAAUAAUACAGCAAUUAAUGAUAUAAAGCUGCAAUCUUCUCCAAAAUAUUAUUUAUUCAAAUCUAGUGCUUAUAUAGCUAGGGUUUUUUAAAAUUUAUUUAUGUUUUUUUGUUGAAAAAAAAAGACCUAUAAUUGAAAUUUCUUUGAC